AUGUCGUCAAUUUUGCUCAAAACGCUCGCCGAAGACUUGGAUCCGCAUCUACGAGACCAGCUUUUGGGCGAUGAUGAUUUGCAGCGCGAAACUCAAUCGUAUCUCUCGCGCUUGUUGAUAAACGAUGAACUCUUGUCCACAGAGAAUUUCUCCACCACCACCACUGACGAUCCAAAUAGACAACAAACCUUGACAGAAGAGAUUGCGGAGCUCGACCAGCAGCACCAUAUUGUGAGCAAGGAAAUGGCAGCGGAAACAGACCACAAUAGAGACUUAAUCGUGGGUAUAUCUCGCAAUCUCGACGACAUCAAACUGCGACUAGCAAACACAAUUCCGUCCCAAAUCGAUACUAUUCUACAGAUUGUUGAUUCUAGCGAAAAAUUCGACCGUCUUGUGGUUCCAACGAACGAAAAACUCGAAGAAUCCAUCAAAUCGAACGAUGUGAUACUUGCCAACAUCGAUUCUGUUCUUGACUUUCUUGAGCUUCCCACCUUGUGUAAGCUUUGUAUCUCGCAAGGAAACUACCAAGAAAGCCUUGAAAUUUCGAUUUUGGUGCAGUCUUUGCUCAUCAGGUUCCCUAAGCUCACCAUAUUCCAGCGUAUAAGCAAACAGGUAGAUGUCGAAUUGGAAUUGAUGGCGAAGGGACUCAUCAAACUUCUCAACACCAACCUUAAACAAAACCAAAUUCUCAAAAUCUUUCAAAUCCUCAGCCGUUUAAACCUCAAUUGCGUAGCCUCAAGCUCAAAAUCCACUUCGAUCUUGCUGCCUGUCUCGUCCGAAGACUCGUUUCAUAAAACCAGGUUCCUCAAACUCAUUUAUCUUAAUGGAAGGUUCAAAUUUAUCAUCAAAGAAUUGGAAAACUUGGCUCCGCUAAUUCGUUUUAAUCGUCUCACGUAUUUGAAGCGUUUCGUGGAGACUUACAGAGAACACAUAUUCAGUUCCCUCUCCAUUUAUUCUACAAUAUUUUCAACCCAAGCUACCACCAACAAAGAAACAUCCGAAAACGAUGACAAAGCCCUCCUAUAUCAAUAUAUUAAAAGCUUAUCAAUGCGUCUUGUUGAAGAGAUCAAUGAAUACUUUCCAGAUCUUUAUUUUGGAAAGAGCGAUAGCGACGAUUAUGCUGAAAAAGACGGCUUCAUUUUACAAAUCAUCUACUUGUGCAAGUCUGUGGCCAAGUUCGGCACAAAUUUCGAGACUAUACUCAUGUAUGAGCUUUGUUAUAAAAGGAAUACUGGUAUCACAACGGAAGAUUGGGAACGAAAUAUUGCUAAAGUUGAUAUUUAUGCAUAG